AUGAGCGCAGAUCUUUUUGCAGCUCUUCGAUCCGUUCGCGCCGCGCAGUCUGGAGAUGAAACUGCUGUUCUCAUCAACGACUUACCCGAAGUAGACGAGCUGGCCGCCGGCAAACGUGACCUGGAGCCUCGUGGCAGCAACAAACGUCCUCUCGAGGCUGUUGGAUACCGCAUGGCCUACGCCAAAUGCAUUUCUCAAUGGAUCUUCGUUGCCCUUCAGGGAGGCCUUAUCAUUCUCCAAGAAUCAAACGACGAAGUAGGAAGAGAUGCCGAAGUAGACCACCUCCUCGAGCUGCAGCAAAUCAAACUUUUCUUCGCAGACUCCGCAAUCCAAGACUGGAUCAGAAACAACAAGAACUUAGUCUCCAGAAACCCAGAAGACAUGCUCAAAGACUGCCUCGAAUGCGACGCCCUCAAAGAACAACUCAAAAACAUCCUCAACAACCCCGUCAACCUCUUCGGCGUCGACAUGAACCUCAACCGCGCCAAAGGCACCAUCGUCAGCGGCAAAAAAUUCGACUAUUCCAAAUUCGACGCCGCCCACAUCGACGCUUUAUGCGAAUACCUCGAAAAAAUCGAAAAAGCGUACAAAGAGACCGCCAAAAGGGUGGGGAAAGCCCUCCAAGACUUCUUCGGCCGCCAACCGGGCAUGCAGGCCCAGUUCCAGAAAUGGGCCGCAGAUGCGUGGCAGUCGUGGGUCGAUCAGUGUCAUGAUAACCAACCUAAUACUUUGAGGACGGAUGAGGCGGCGAUGACGGGGCUGAGCAAGAAGAGGAAGAUGGGUGAUUUCGGCCAGAUUGAGGGGUUUAGUCGUGUUUCUGAUUCUCCGGAUUUGGGGAAUUGUGCGAGUAUGCCGACGCUUGAGGGGGGUGAGGCCGACGUUUGA